UUGGUUGCCCUGGCAACUCGAGUCUGACGUCAUCGCCCCGGUGCGACCCUGCUGGUGUGCCUUUGAUUGGAGGGAAACCCCGUGGAUGAGCGGGAGAGAUCAUCAGCUGUGUGACCGGGAAUCAGGAACAACAUCGUCUAACGACACUAACAGCCCACACAGGAGCCAUGCCAGACAAGGAGGAGCAGGUACAGAAAGCCAAAUUGGCCGAGCAGGCUGAGCGCUAUGAUGACAUGGCCACAGCGAUGAAGGCUGUUACAGAGGAGGGCUCGGAGCUUAGCAACGAGGAGCGAAACCUGCUCUCUGUUGCCUAUAAGAAUGUGGUAGGGGCUAGGAGGUCCUCCUGGAGGGUGGUGUCCAGCAUGGAGCAGAAGUCUGAUGACAGUGCGAAGACCGCACUGGCCAAGGAGUACAGAAUAAAGAUCGAGACGGAGCUGAAUGACAUCUGUAAUGAAGUACUGGAGCUGCUCGACAAACACCUGAUCCCCAGUGCCACGCCUGCUGACAGCAAGGUCUUCUACCUGAAGAUGAAGGGAGACUACUACCGCUACCUGGCUGAGGUGGCCACUGAAGAGAACAAGGAGACCAUCAUCGCCAGCUCACAAGAAGCCUACCAGAAGGCCUUGGAUAUCAGCAACCAAGAAAUGCAGCCUACACAUCCCAUCCGCCUAGGCCUCGCUCUCAACUUCUCGGUCUUCUACUACGAAAUUGUCAACUCACCUGAGAAAGCCUGCAAAUUGGCCAAGGAGGCCUUUGAUGAAGCCAUCGCCAUGCUGGAUUCCCUGAACAGUGACUCCUACAAAGACAGCACCUUGAUCAUGCAGCUUCUCCGUGACAAUCUGACUCUGUGGAUGUCAGACGCCCAGGGUGAAGGCGAGGGUGAGGGAGAGGAGACGGAGCAGGCAGCUGAGAAGAACUGAACUGAACUUCAGAAAGAAAAACAAGACAAACACACAUUUUUUACCUCUCACCAGCCUAAGUUGUGUGUGUAUGUGUGUGUGUGGUUGUGUUUGCACAUACAUGCACAGAUAUGUAUGUUUACACUCCACUCACAAUGUGUAAAGUACAGUAUGUGUGUGUGCAGAUACUUAAGUGUGUUAGUUGUAUGAGCACCUCCACAGAGAAAGAAUGGGAUAGAUCUUUUUUUAUUUUUAUUUUUAUUUUUGAACAUUACUCAUUGUGUGAACCAGUGGGUGUUUGUUUUUGUCCAUUGGUUUAGUCCAGAUGAAAUCCCUCCUUUAGAUCGAAAUCAGCCCCAUGCUCGUUAACCUUAUUCAUUGUAGCAAACUGCUGCUGUUGCAGGAAAACACAAAGAACCUCUAACUGUAAUUUUGAUAAUUUGUAUGUUUUUACUUGAACUCAACAUUUACGAUCUUUGUGACACUUGGGUUGACAAAACUCCUUUUGAAGCACAAACUGUUAAAUGAAAUAAAAAAAUAAAUAAAAUGGCCACAGUGGUCUGAAUUCACUAAAUUUUAGGUCUCAUCUGACAAUAUCAGUGAUCAUAUAGAUGUCAGAAUUGACCUUGAUAAAGAUCUAUUACCAUAUUGCUUGUAUCCAUCCCGCCCUGUCAGUGUCCAGUGUAGCAGGUAGUGGUUUUAAUGGAUGGUACAUGUGUCAUGGCUCAGUGGGUUGUAUGUGCAUUCGGGCAGAGGAAAGGUUUUUUGUAUGAAUGGCCACUUGCGAAAAACUGUAGUUAAACUUUUUAGUUGAUAGUUUUUGUUGAGAGGAUUACAUUCCAUUUUGCUGACACCUUUUCACUCUUUGUGAAAUGCGUAGAAUAUAAUUUCCUGCAGUUUUCCAUAACACAUGACAUGGUAUAGACAGCCUAAAGAUAAAGUGAACAACUUGACAAAAUGGCUUGAUACUGUAACUUUUGAUAUUUUCUCUUUUCAGUGCAGAGGAUACUUUUGCCAUGUGCUUUUAUGUGACUUUCUACUCUAUUUCUAUUCAGGGGUGUUUGUAUUUUCUUUUUGUGCAUUUUAUUCCCUUUUGACUCCUGGAAUGUAUGUGGUUCUCAGUAUAGUAUGGUGUGAGGGGUUAGCUGUGCUUUGAAACUGGCAGUUUUGCUUAGGUUUUAGCUUGAACCAGGUGGUUUACAGUAACAUUUACCUUCCUUGAAAGAACAUUGUGAAAAGAUAAAACUAAACAGUGCUAAUUAUAAACUGACUAUUAAAAUAACUUGGUAGACAGCUACGUUAUGACCACUUAGUAGAUACAAAGUAGUGCCAGUUUCUUAUUUUAAAAAGAUGGGAUGCAGGAUUCCGAAUUUGCAAGUUACACUCUUGGGUACAUUAUUUGGUUAUGUGCUUUCAUGUAAGUGGAAUCAAAACAUUAAAAUCAAGUGUGCCAUUCUCAA